AUGGUUUCGCUACCUGACAGCACUAGCUCUAUUGACCAAAGUACAGGCCAAGAUGAUGAAUUGGAAUUUCACACACCUCCUGAGCAGCGUUUUACCUCGUCCGAAGACCAAACCGUUGAUUGUGCGGUGGGAGAGCCUACGGCCGUCGAUCUUGGUUGUACGGGAUGCGGCGCAGGGAAGGAUGACCAGGGUGAGGGAACUUCCGGAAGUGGAUUUGUUGAAUUGAAGAAAAAUAAGGUUCCAGAUUGGGGAUUUAGCCAAAAUUCUUUGGAGAAAAAACCUAGGGUUUCUGAGGACUCUGAUUCGGAAUGCGAGAGUGAAAAUGAGUUUGUAGAGAAAAAUGAUCCUAUUGUAAUUGAGGUUUUGUCCGAUUCGGAAAGGGAGGAACUUGAUGAGAAUAUAGAGAGAGCAAACAUGGCUGUGGAUUCACCCAUGAAGAUAAGCAUUGCAGAAAAGGGUGAAGUGCUGAAAAAUGGUGAAAGCAAUGAAGGUGAUAAGAAUGGUGAUGUGAAUAAAAAUUGCAAACCGGGAGAAAUUAGUGAAGCAAAUGUUCUUAAGAUCUAUGAAGGUGAAAAAGCUCAUAAAAAUGGCGAUGGGGAGGGACGUCCAGAUAGUGCUAAGAAUGCCGAGGAAAUUGAGAAGUUCAAAUAUGUACCCUCUGCUGCUGUUGAUGGGAGGAAAGGGAAAGAAAGAGUUGGUGGAGGUGGUGUUUCUGUCAAUGGAAAGCGUGAGUUGCCACCAUCGAUGAAGGGGAAAGAGAAGAAUGUGAGAGGCGAGGAGGUGGUGGGUAAGGCAAGGACAAAGAAUGGAGUUCUCAUGGAUUUAUUAGAAGUUUUGAAGGUGGAGAAGGCGGUUGUAGGAGAUGCCGAUAGUACAUAUGAGGAAGAUGUGGAUUUCUUGGAGACGGCCAAGAGGCGAGGUUUGACAUUUCCUAAGCCUAGAUGGUGGCCGCCCAAUGGUUUUCAAGAAUAG